AUGUUCAGCCAAUCUUCUCGAAAAGGUCCUACUCGCGAUACCGACCAUGAAUAUACCCAGCCACUGUUAUCAGAGGCCGCAGAAAAUGUUGAUGACAACGACCACGUCGUAUUCUCACUAGACUCAGAUUCGGAUUCUGACGAACACGUUGGCAACCGAAGGAACAGGGACGACCAUUCUGUACGGUUCCAGGAGGAUGUGCACAUAAUUCCACCUCCGUUGAGGUCCACGGUAUCUUCUCGGGAAGCUCAAUUCGAGCUUGACUCGGAUGAACUCGACGAUGAAGAAGACCAAACCUCAAGCGUUAGACGAGGGCAUAUGGAUAAUACAAUGCCGCUGAUUGUAGGACUAUUCGAUGCGUCUGCACGGCGCAGUCUGGAUGCCUCUGUACCCCUAGGUGAAAAUGGCUAUGAUCCGGCGGUGAACGUGGAUUUAGAGGAGUUGGCUGCAAAGCGUACUGCUGGUGGAGGUUUACUCGACUCUAUUGCAAACAUGGCGAACUCGAUUUUGGGAGCAGGCAUUAUUGGCCUUCCGUACGCUAUCAGCCAGGCUGGUUUCGUUACUGGUCUCCUGUUACUCGUGUUUUGCUGCGGUUUGACCGAUUGGACCAUCAACCUGAUAGUCAUCAACGCAAAAUUAAGUGGAAGUCAGUCGUACAUGGACGUCAUGAGUCGUUGUUUUGGCUCCAGUGGACGUGCAGCUAUCUCUUUUUUUCAAUUCACUUUUGCCUUUGGAGGGAUGAUUGCUUUCUCCAUUAUAAUCGGCGAUACAAUACCCCAUGUCAUUACCUCGAUAUUUCCCACUCUUGCUACGAUGCCCGUACUGUGGAUCUUCACCAAUCGGCAGUUCAUAAUUUUUCUAUGCACAACUUGCGUUUCAUACCCCUUAUCCUUACAUCGCGACAUUCACAAGCUUUCUCGCGCGUCCGGGUUGGCUCUGAUUGGAAUGUUAAUUAUCGUAUUCGCCGUGGUUAUUGAAGGUCCUCACGUACCCCCGGAGCUGAAGGGCGACCCAUCCAAGCGCUUCUCGCUCGUCAACUCCGGCAUCGUGCAGGCCAUCGGUGUUAUAUGUUUCGCUUUCGUAUGCCAUCACAACUCGCUUCUUAUUUAUGGAAGUUUACGAACGCCGACUCUUGACCGAUUCGCUCAAGUAACACAUGUAUCGACUUUGUUGUCGCUGCUAUGCUGUUGUACCCUCGCCAUAUCUGCAUUUGUUGUAUUCACAGACAAAACGCAAGGCAACAUCCUGAACAAUUUUCCUUCAAAUGAUACGCUAAUUAAUGUGGCGCGUUUUUGCUUUGGGCUCAAUAUGUUCACCACACUCCCUUUGGAACUUUUUGUGUGCAGGGAGGUAAUCGAACAAUACUUUUUCUCGCACGAACGAUUUAGUCCCCAACGACACCUGUUUUUCACGACGACCAUCCUUUACGCCUCAAUGCUGAUCGCGCUCGUUACUUGUGAUCUUGGAGUGAUGCUCGAAAUCACUGGUGGUGUAUCGGCCACGGCCAUGGCAUUCAUUUUCCCAGCUGCCUGCUACCUCAAACUUUCAAACCAGUCGGAACCGUGGUACAGCCGUAAAAGACUCCCAGCUUUGGCCUGUGUAAUAUUCGGUGUGACCGCGAUGACCCUCUCCCUAUUUCUUGCCUUGCGAAAAUCUUGGACCCCGCAAGGAGACGCAAAAAUUUGCAUGUGA